AUAUAAACAACGAAAAUUAUUUUACGAUUUAAAGUUUGAGAAAAUAUCCAAAACAAACAAACAAAAAUAAACUAAAAUGAAUUUUAAAGUAUAUUUGUUCAUGUUCCUUUCGUUAGUUGCGUUGGCAAAAGCUCAAGUAGCAACUCCGGCUACUCCAGCAACUCCGGCUACUCCAGCUACUGCAGCUACGGUUGCUUUUGCAGUACCAGCAGCCUUUACACCUUUUGUACCAGCACUUUUUGCAGCAAAUCCGAGAGGAGGCGGACUACAAGGACGUUAAAUAAGAAGAGAAUAGAGGUGGCCAAGAAAGUGGAGUACAAUAAAACUGUGAAACAGAGGGUGGA